CCUCUCAUAGUUUUGGGACACCUCUUCAGCCUGAACACACAUCACAUCUGCUGGGAGUGAAUAAAAGAAGGCAGACUCCAAAAGAGAGAGACGAGCACUCAACAGCUUUGGUGUCUCUGUUCAGGACUAUUAGCUUGUGUAGCUUGUUAAGAUGUGGAAAGUCUUUGUUCUUGCGAUUCCCUGCAUUUCUCUGAUAUCAGCCUCAUGCCCCACAAACUGCCAGUGUCCUCCUGAAGCCCCGCUAUGUGCUGCAGGGGUGAGUCUUAUGCUUGAUAGCUGUGGAUGCUGCAAGGUUUGUGCACGGCAACUCUUUGAAGACUGCAGUGAGAUCCAGCCAUGUGACGCUGCAAAGGGACUAGAGUGCAACUUUGGGGGUGGAUAUGACUCGGCUAAAGGAGUCUGUCGAGCCAAAUCAGAUGGGAGAACUUGUGAGUUCAACAGCAAGAUUUACCAGAAUGGUGAAACUUUCCGUCCAAACUGCAAACACCAGUGCACUUGCAUGGAUGGUUCUGUUGGAUGCAUCUCCCUGUGCCCUCGUGAGCUCUCGCUUCCCAAACCGCGCUGUACUAAGCCAAGGAGGGUCAAAGUACCGGGAAAAUGCUGCGAACAACUCAUCUGCCCCGAGGAUGCAAAAGCAGAAACUGUCAGGAAAAGGAAGCUCAGUAGAAAGCACAAGAAAGACAAAACAUCUGAUGACCUCACUAACAGGAAUGAGCUGCUACCUGCGGGGAGAGGGCAUUUAAAAACUUUACCUGGUUUGAAGAGUCAUUCAAAGGACCACACAAGUGCCAGAGGAGGAAAAUGUUUGCCUCAGACCACAGCAUGGUCACCCUGCUCCAGAUCCUGUGGUACUGGAGUCUCCACCAGAGUGACCAAUGAUAAUAUUCAGUGUAAACUAGAGACAGAAACUCAGAUCUGUGAGAUCCAGCCCUGCAAACAAAUCACUUCAGAGAAAGCUCAGAAAUGUAACCACAUAGGAGAAGCUAUCCAUCCAGUUAAACUGUCCUAUGCUGGCUGCCGUAGCCUGAAGAAGUUCCAGCCCAGGCAAUGUGGGUCCUGCCCCAGUGAGCGAUGCUGCCGGCCCCACAGGACUCAGGCGCUAUCUGUCCACUUCCGAUGCAAAAAUGGAGAGACCUUCAGGAAGAGGGUGUUAAUGACAGAGUCUUGCAAAUGUGAUAUUAACUGCUCCAGCAGCAAUGUGAAGCUAUCCGGUCUCCACAGGCUUUCUAAUGACAUUCACAAACCAAAACUGUAAAGAAAAGUCUGAUUAUAAAUGAGACAAUAAAGCUGCAGACAUCAGUUUGGUGAACAUUCAUGAUUUUGCUUCAUAACACUGGAGCCUUGUGCUUUGCUUCUUUUGGAAGCUUUUUGCUGUGAAACUUGUUUUAUUCAACAUAUUUAAUGUGCUUGUCUUGACAAAACAUGUCAUAUGAUGUAAGAUGAUGCAGAAAUGUCAGCAGCUUAAUUUAUAUGUCACUUUCUUGUUUAAAAUUUUGUUAUAUUAAAUGUUUUUCAUGGAAUAUUUUCAUCCUGUUUUUCUUUGUCUCUUUGCUUGUGCAAAUUGUUGAAAUGUGAGCGAUGGCUGUUCACAUAAUGUACUGUAUGUAAGCUGGCAAACUAGCUGCAAAAUCUCAAAUAAACAC